CCUACCGCCUAGCCUCCUCGGCUCCUCUGCUCUCUCUUCCUCCCUCUCUGCUUCUUGAUCGGGACGGCAAUGGCGAAGGGCGGGCUGAGCAAGCUCAAGUGCAUGAUCAAGAGGUGGCACUCCUCGAGCCGGAUCUCGCGCACGCCGUCGGGAUGCUCGGCGCGCUCGCACGACGGCGCCGGCGUCGGCGCCGCCUUCGCCUUGGAGGACUCGUGGAGGCGGGGCGCCGCGGCCUCGUCCGUUGUCGCCAUCGGCGGCGGCGGCGGAAGGGGGUCGGCGUCGUUCCACGGCGCGGACGGCGUGCCCCCGGGCCUCCACCCGGUGUACGUGGGCAAGUCGCGCCGCCGCUACCUCAUCGCCGCGGACCUCGUCGGGCACCCCCUGUUCCAGAACCUCGUCGACCGCUCGGGCGGAGCCGGCGUCGGAGCUGGCGGCGGGACCGUCGUGGGCUGCGAGGUCGUGCUGUUCGAGCACCUCCUCUGGAUGCUCGAGAACGCCGACCCGCAGCCGGAGUCGCUCGACGAGCUCGUCGAGUACUACGCGUGCUGACCGCCUGCUCACGGCUGUGCCCAGCCCAGGAAUGCCGGCCGCGGCGCCGAGGCCGAGCUCGCGCCGGAGUCAGGGGGUAAUUUGGGUAAUCUGGUUAUUUAUUUGUUAAGGUUAGGGUAGAGUUGUAAUAUACGCCAGGUUGCGAGGGCGAGGAGUAUGACAUUUGGAGAUUUAGUUAACCUUGGGGUGUUUGUGGUAAUUAUCUCGAGAUUAGCCGUGUAACUACCGUGCGCCCAAGGUAAUGCUCUCUCGGGGCAGUUAAUUAAUUCUCUAAUGUAACGGCUUGCAUGCUUCUUCUGCUGCUGCAGCAGAAUUGAAUAAGGUUCCCUUUUAGGAAUGGAUGUAUUCAUGUACAUUUCAUCAAUGUAUAAAGUCCAUGCC